UGCAGGUCGUGUGGUGGAAGAGGCGGUGGUGGCACGGCCGCUCGGCAUCAGUACUCCAUGUGACCCUCGCGAGGUUGCACGCAGGAGCCGCUCUUCCGCUCGCCUUUUCAGUGAGUCCGCUGCCUCACGCCUUCGGAAGUGUGAGGUGAAGGCAGGUCGUGUUCCUCGCGGCGUAUUAGUGUGCGUUUCGCCUGGUGUGGGGAAGGCCGAGUCGCUCUGGGUGGGCAUGACUUAGGCGAUGCUGACACUCGGCUGAGGGAGAAGCCGUGCUUUGGAAGGGCCGAGGAGGUGCUCUCGAACCCGGAUUCACAGCCGGGCUUCCCGUGGGGCUCCGGGGAUUCACCCGCGGGAGGUGGCGGGGAGGGACAUCGUCCACCAGACGCGAAGGAGUGUAUCGGAAAAUAAUGGAUAAAACAUCACGGAAACCGCAGUGCUUUGCGUGAUGUCGAGACCUGGUGGCGAGGCUCAUCUUGUGCGCCCCCCCACAGCGGGGCUGGAGUCGUAGCGCUCGGCACUGCCCACCUCUGUCUACUUGUCGCGCCCCCACGAAACAAUAGAAAUUUAAAAAUGUCCCGCAGCUCUUAGCGUCAGCGCCCUCCGAGCAUUCCUGAGGAAGGAGUCCGCUGAAGGGGGUUGCGGCAGUGUGGGGAACCCCGCUAUAGAGAACCCCCAGAGCCUAUGAUUUAUGAAAGAAAUCAAGAGUAAUUUUGCACAUGUAAUGAACUGUCUUGUACUCUGUGCUUGCGAUGAUGUACACCAGGACAUGCAGGAGAGAUUGAUACGAAGAACAAAUUAUGUUUUUUUGUGCAUGGGACCAUAGCCAGGGGCACCCACACACCCACUAGGAGACAUCGAGGGGAGAAUAAAUUGUACCACGCCAAUAAUAAUCAAGGUAACACGUCUAUCAAGGUGAAGCCGCUUUUCUGAAGCAAACGUACAAACCCCGUCCAGCAAUAAACCCUCCAGGAGGAUGCUUCGUCGGCGCCUCGGUGUGGUGUUCACGGCCGUCCUCCUCACCCCGGCCUUUGUGCUCUUCUUCAUCUCCAGUCCGGACCUGAGCGGGGAGCAGAUGCUAGUGCAGCGAGUUGCAGAGCUGAGAGAGCGACUGCAACAUGCCGAGAUGCUCAACCAGGAGAGACUUCAGGACGUUAUUGUCUUGUCACAGAAAUUCAAUGUCCUCACGAUGCCGGCGUGGGCAACGUGACGGGGCCGCGGCUGUCGCAGGAGACGCGCGACCUGCUGGCCAACAUGAGCCAGAGCCCUGACCUGCACCUGCCGUCGGUCUACAGCUACCUGCCGCACCUGCUGCACACGCCGGACGCCACCUCGCCCGCCUUCAAGCUGUCCCAAGGGCGCCACUCCGAAACACUGCAAGAAAGCCAAGGAGAAUGUGUGGAUCCACUACAAACCAUCCUUAUUCCAGCACAUCGGCACACAUUCGUCACUAAAGGGCAAAGUACAGAAGCUCAAGGACAAGCAGUUUGGGAAAGUCCAGCUCUACUUCCCCCAUGAGAAUCCCAAAGCUGAGGUGGAGACGCAGAUCAAGCCAUACAAGACCUAUACCUUACAGAGAGCGUACAAAGGAGAGUCCUACUUUUGGGGGCUGCUACCUCAACAAGGGGACCUGCUACAGUUCACCUUCGAUCCGCCAGUUGUGAUCAAAGGGUUCCUCUUUCGUAGUGGGAAUGUUGAGCAUCCAUCUGACAGGCUGUAUAACACAACAGUAGAGGUGCUUCCUGUACAGCCUUUUACCAGCAUCCCUGCAAUUGCCGAGAAAAAAUACAAAAUUACUGCAGACAAAUAUUUGAUCAUUGGUGACUUCGAUGAUAUGGGUGUAGCAGAAGGGGUAAUAAAUGGAGAAUUAGGAGAAAUUAAAACAUUACGUCUACAUGUCCAUAUAGACAGUGACAAUUGGGCUAUACUUAGUGAGAUUCACAUAGAAACUCCGGAAAAGAGGUGACCAGACGCUCCAAUGGCAUUCACCUUCUGCCAGUGUCCAAGCAUCUCAUGCCAACAGUGACCAAGGCUCCAUGUAUGUUUCCAAUGUGUAUGAAAGUGAUACAGCAAGACAAAUGGGUGAAAGUUUUUAAAAAUGGCCGGUAGCAUUCUUGUUGAUAUUUGUUACUGGUAAUCAGAUAUUUUCAUAUGAGAAGAACAAGAUAUAUUCCAUAUAUUGUGCUGAGGAACUUUUUUAUACAAAAUAUAUAUAUAUAUAUACACACAUAUACAUGUACACGCAUAUGGGGCAUAUAUGUUGCAAAAACAUAGGUUGACAUUGGUCUGUGUCGACAGUCCUUAUCACAAAGGAUAUGUGGCCCUAAUUUGUGAAAAAUCUCGUAUUCAGAGAUACUGGAUGUGAUAUGAUAGAUGAUGUAUAUCAUAAUGGAUCUGACUGAUAAUAGAACUAUAUGACUUUAAGAGGAUAUAAAAAAUGCCGAGAUAUAUAUAUUAUUUAUCAUAUUGUGUAUCAGUUUGGAUGGAUUAUUGCUUCAUUAUCAUGUGAAUCUCAUGACUUGAUAGCCAAUACUGGCUAAUUAUGUUUUUAUUUAUUUAAUAUUGCCUUCAGGUUUUUGCACAUUUUUUUAUAACACAUGUCAAAGACAUUAUUCUCAGACUUAUUAUAUAAACCAAUCCAACUGACCAAAUAUGUUCAUUUCUUCUGAAUGUUUCAUGCUAGAAAAAAAAAGAAACAUGAGGGAGUAAAUUCUUAAAGGUGAUAAAAGAUACAGUUGUGAUAGAGAGGAUGUUUCAUUCAUUAAGAGAUGUGAAUAUUUAUAUGUGUGUGUGUGUGUGUGUGUGUGUGUGUGUGUGUGUGUGUGUGUGUGUG